AUGUGUCUGGUUUUUUUUCUUUGCUUUUUUGCCUCGCUCGACAAGGUGGGGUUAGUCGUGGCGCACAGCCACGGCGGCGAGAUGGAUCUUGCUGCCUGCGCCCUGCGGGAGUACGAGACGCCGUGCCAACUGCCGCCGUCCUCCCCUUCGCUGUCGUCGUACGCCGCGAGCAGCAUGAACGCCGCCCCCGCGCCGUCCCCGGUGAUCCUCCUGGGCGCCGCAGGGACGCCGCCGCCCUCCUUGCCAUCGCCCACGGCCGGGCUGGCGGCGGGGGAUAGCGGCGGUGCACAGCCGGUGCAGGGAGCCGCCAUGCUGCUGCUGACGCAGUCCUCCGUGCCGCCGCUUGCCGGCUUCAUCGACGGGGCACAGACUCGCGGGAGCCGAGGCAGCGGCGUCCCGCCCUUGCCGCGGCUGGAGAAUGUGGUGGUGGUGGGCGGGGCCUCCUUCGCGGCUGUGAGUCCCUCCCUCACACAAAGCAGCAGGAGGAAUGCCAACGCGAGUGUCACCAGCCAGCUUUUUGACUGCAGCCCCAAUGACGACCUGCCGCUUGACAUGCAUCUGGCAUCUCGGUCUCCCUCCUGCAUGCUUACGGCGUCACUUUCCGCCGUGGCCGUUUCUCCCACGCGGGGAGCCCCCGUCCGUGGCGUGGCGGCUCAGGAAGUCGGAUGCGUCCUGCUGGGGCCGGGGCACGCCACGGACUGUGCAAUUUGUUUGUGGAGCCGGGAGGACGCAGACCCGGCCCAUCCUGCCCCGCACCCAGUGAGUGCCGCCUCGACGCCGAACGCGGCAGCCCAGACGGAUCCACCGCCGGAGAGUGUCAAGCUGUCGUGUAAUCAUGAGUUUCACGCAGACUGCCUGCAACGCUGGCUGCUCACCAGCCGCUUGUGCCCCAUGUGCCGGCAGGAAGUUGCGCCCUCCACAGAAACGUGGCCACCUCCAACCACCUCCUCACCCGCAGAAGGGGGGCGGGUCGUGCCUGCGGCAGCCUACGGCGGAGGCGAAGCGAAUGAACAAGAAAGAAAAUAA